AUGGAAGGUGGUGGUGGUGGUGGAGGAGAUGGCAGUUUCUUACCUAAUUCUAGCUUUAGUGCAUUCCCUGAGACGGCUAUGGAUAUGGAUCUCAUGGAAGAACUCUUAUUUGAUGGAUGCUGGCUUGAGACAACAGGUGGUAAGAGCUUGAAACAGACAACAGGACAACCAGCUCCUAGUUCUACCAACAUGACUGGCCACAACAACUCUUUCCAUUACGGUUAUGAAUUUGCUGAGAAUCCAUCCCAGGAUCAUAUCUCCAACGAAGAGACAAGAAGAAAGUUUCCUCCAAUAACACCAGGUUUUCUCAAGAACAAAAAUCUCACCAAUCAGCCGAUGAAUCAAGUACCUUUUGAGCAGUCUGCAGCUAUGAGUUCUACACAAGCAGAGAAGUUUGUCCUUGAAGAAAAUGAGGGAGGUCGAAGAUGGUGGAUUGCUCCAAGAGCAAGCCAAGGUCCUUCUUCAUCGGUGAAAGAUAGACUGGUACAAGCUAUCAAGGGUCUUAAGGUGCAGGAUAAAGACUUUCUUAUACAGAUAUGGGUGCCAAUUCAACAAGAAGGCAAGAACUUCCUCACCACUUUGGAGCAGCCACACUUCUUCAACCCCAAAUACUCAAGUCUUAAAAGAUACAGAGAUGUCUCUGUGUCUUACAACUUCUUAGCUGAUGAGGGAUCCAAGGAGUCUGUAGGCCUCCCUGGCCGUGUCUUCCUUGGGAAGUUACCUGAAUGGACACCUGAUGUCAGGUUCUUCAGAAGUGAAGAGUAUCCACGCAUCAAAGAAGCGCAGAAAUGCGAUGUUCGUGGUUCAUUAGCCCUUCCUGUGUUUGAAAGUGGUAGUGGGACUUGUUUAGGUGUUGUUGAGAUUGUCACAACAACUCAAAAGAUGAAUUACAAGCCAGAACUUGAGAAUAUCUGUAAAGCUCUAGAGGCUGUUAAUCUAAGAAGCUCAGCUAACUCGAAAUCUCCAAGGAAAGAGUUUCAGCAGGUCUAUAAUCAGUUCUACUCAGCCAUAUUACCUGAGGUGACAGAUUUUUUAACAUGGAUCUGCAGAUCAUAUGAUCUGCCUCUAGCUCUAACAUGGGCACCGUGUGUUCGACAAGGCAAAGAUGGACCCCGACACUCUGAUGAGAACUUCUCUGAGUGUGUUUCAACUAUAGAUUCAGCUUGCUUUGUCCUUGAUGAACAGAGUCAUCAUUUUCUUGAGGCAUGCUCUGAGCACCAUCUGCUUCAAGGGGAAGGCAUCGUUGGAAAAGCAUUCAAAGCGACCAAACUGUUCUUUGUGCCUGAAGUAACCACUUUUAGCAAGACAAACUAUCCUCUUGCACACCAUGCUAACAUCUCUGGUCUACAUGCAGCUUUAGCAGUCCCUUUGAAAAACAAAUUCAAUGGUUCGGUUGAGUUUGUGUUGGAGUUUUUCUUUCCUAAAUCUUGCCUUGACACUGAAGCGCAACAAGAGAUGCUCAAGUCACUUUCUGUGACACUGCAACAGGACUUCAGGAGCUUAAAUCUUGUCAUUGAUAAAGAGCUAGAGCUUGAAGUGGUGUUUCCUGUUAGAGAGGAGUUGCUUUUCCAAGAGAAGCCACUUAUUGAUGCAGAGACAGGAGAGAAUCUUAAACCUUUGGAAGAUAUCUCUCAGGAAGAUUCUUCAUGGAUCUCUCACAUGAUAAAAGCCAAUGAGAAGGGUAAAGGAGUGUCUCUUUCAUGGGAGUACCAGAAAGAAGAGCCUAAAGAAGAGUUCAUGCUGACAACAGGCUGGGACAACAAUCAGAUUGGGAGUGGCCAUAGUAACUUUCUUUCAGAUUCUGAGAAGUUUCACAAGGCUUCAAACUUAGGAUUCAGACCAGGUGAAAAGAGAAGAACAAAGACAGAAAAGACAAUUGGUUUAGAAGUUCUUAGACAAUACUUUGCAGGAAGCCUCAAAGAUGCAGCCAAAAACAUUGGUGUUUGUCCAACUACACUGAAAAGAAUAUGCAGGCAACAUGGAAUAACAAGAUGGCCUUCACGGAAGAUCAAGAAAGUGGGACACUCGUUAAAGAAACUCCAGCUUGUGAUAGAUUCUGUUCAAGGUGUUCAAGGCUCUAUCCAACUUGAUUCAUUCUACACAAGCUUCCCAGAACUAAGCUCCCCGAAUGUAUCAGCUGGUACUUCCUUCAAGAACAAUGACCAGUCAAGACAUUUGAAUGCUCAAACCGAGACCGGUGUUUCACCACCAUCAUCAUCUUGUAGCCAUAGCUCUGGUUCAAGCACAUGCUGCUCAACUGGAGCUAACCAAAGCACCAAUACUGCAAAUACUUCAAACGCCGUGACCGCUCUGAUGGCUGAAAACGCUAGUGCUAUCUUGAAGAGAGCUCGUAGCGAGGUAAGACUUCGUACUGUGAAUCAGGAGGAAACAAAGUCUCUCUCUAGAGCCCUGAGCCACAAAACAUUCAGCGAGCAUCCUCUUCUAGACAAUCUACCUCGGUUACCAAAGAGUCAUAGCAAACCUGAAGGCGCAUCUAAAGUAAAAGCCACGUUUGGUGACGCGAAAGUGCGGUUUACUUUGCUUCCAACCUCCGGGUUCAGAGAGUUGCAGCAAGAGAUUUCUAAGCGUUUUAACAUAGACAAUAACAUUGCACCAUUUGAUCUUAAAUACUUGGAUGAUGACAAGGAGUGGGUUCUUUUGACGUGUGAAGCGGAUCUUGAGGAAUGUAUAGACAUUUAUAGAUCAUCACAGAGCUGCACCAUCAAGAUCAGUGUUCAUGAACCUUCUCAAGCCAAGCUGAGAAGCUCUUUUGGUAGCAACGGUCCUGGUCCUUCUUUAUAAGCAACCAGGUAACACAAGGAGAAUCUUGUACUAAUUUACUAAUGUGUUAGAAACAAAACAUAACUCACUCUCUUUUUAUAUAGACCAGACAUUGUCUGUAAACAUACUUUCAGUACCCUGGAUCAUACCAUUUUUCAAGUAGUAGUAGUGGACUGGUUCUCUGCAUCGGCCUAGUAAGAUUUUUUUUUUAUAUAAU